CUUUCCGCUUCCGCCCGGAGCCGGGGAGAUGGCGUCGAGCUGCGCGCGGUUCCUCGGCAGCUGGAGCCGAGUCCGAGCCGCCGUGUCUUUGUUGUCGUCUGCGGCAAGACAUCAGCAUUCUCAAAGCGGUGUACUUCCACCAAGAAAAGAAGCAGUAACAUCAUUGUCAAAGCCACCAUGGCCUGAAGUCAAAUUGCCAGAUCCUGCAGAAGAGGCCAAACAUCACAUAGAAGUUGUACAAAAUGUAAAGACUCUGAUUUCCACGGGAGCAUAUGGCAGAUUGUUUGCAGUUGUCCACUUUGCUAGUCGGCAAUGGAAAGUAACCAAUGAGGACUUGAUCUUGAUAGAAAAUCACAUUGAAGCAGACUGCGGGGAUAGGAUCAGAUUAGAGAAGGUUCUGUUGGUUGGUGGGAAUGACUUCACGUUAAUCGGUCGACCACUUCUUGGGCGAGAUCUUGUACGAGUGGAAGCAACUGUCGUUGAGAAGACAGAAUCUUGGCCGAAAAUAAACUUCAGAUUCAAACGGAGGAAGCGUUACCGCAGAACAAAGAUUAUUGUGCAACCUCAGACUGUUCUCAGGAUCAACACAAUUGAGAUUGCUCCAGCUCUGGCCUGAGAGGAUAAAUAGUCUUCACCUCUGUCUCAGUGAAAUGAAAGAAUGGCAUUCUGUAAGCACUGUCACGGGGUCCUGAUAGACCCGUGAUCAUAUGGUAUUAUCUAACAUUGAGUUUGUUUCCAUGCGUGACUGUUGAAAUCUUGCAGUAGGAAUUGUGUUCUAGAUCCAUUGUAUGUAAUGUGGAAAGGAUAUAAUGUAUGUGAAAAUAAACUUUUUAUAAAAA